GGUUGUCUUGCUUGCUAAAUAGCCAGCUACCGUUAGCUAGCGUCAUCUUUUCAGAUAAGCACAAGUACACGUGUCACUGCGUUGCAGUGAGCUCCUUCAAAAGUUACGACGGUAUUCGUGCGGAAUGUCGUGGAGGAUUGACGAGAAACCGGUGAAAAUCGACAAAUGGGAUGGGGCAGCUGUCAAGAAUUCUCUGGACGAUGCUGCAAAGAAGGUCCUCCUCGAGAAAUACGGCUAUGCGGAGAACUUCAACCUUGUAGAUGGGCGUCUGUUUAUCUGCACGGUGUCCUGUCUCUUUGCUAUUGUAGCUUUAGUGUGGGAUUACCUCCACCCUUUCCCUGAGUCCAAACCAGUCCUGCUUUGCUGUGUUAUAUCGUAUUUCAUAAUGAUGGGAGUUCUCACCUUGUACACCUCCUACAAGGAGAAAAGCAUCUUCUUGGUUGCAGUUCAGAGAGAUCCAGCAGGCAUGGACCCAGACCACAUCUGGCAACUUUCCUCAAGUCUGAAAAGGUUUGAUGAUCAGUACACCCUGCGAGUCGCUUUCAUUGAUGGUAGAACCAGACAGUCGAGGGAGCUUGAGUUCACCAAGUCAGUGGGGACUUUCUUCGAUGAGAACGGGACAUUGGUGAUGGACCACUACGAAAAGAAUGUUUCGAAACUUCACGACGCCCUGGCAAUGGAGAAGAAAACCAAGUAGAGGAGGCAAGAGCGGUCGGAAAAGCAAACGUACCCAGCCUCAUGGCGAUUCCGCCUGCAGGGUCAAAAUGGUGCAGGAUAAUCGCCGCGUUUGACCUGUCCAGGGAUUAGCUAUAGCUUAUCAAUUUCCCGGUACCGUUUCCUUUUCUCGGGCCAUGUCGACUCAAUUUAAUGUUUGUUUGAAAUAAUUGCUUCUGGCCCAUCACAGAUCUUUUGAUAUUGACCACAACAACAUUUAUAUUGCAUCUCACUGAAGUUCCCAGGUUACCCCUGGAUAAGAAAGCAUCUUGUACUAUAUGAAAUGCACUCAUCUGACGUUGUGCAAAAGGACCCAUUUUUCAAAUAAUGUGGUUCUGCAACAGUGCUUUCUCUCUCAAUUUAAUACAAAAAGCCUCUUGAAUAACGAUCAGAAAUGGGACCUCUACAUUUUGGCUUAUUUGUGUAUUGUAUUUUUUUUUUUUUUUUUUUUUUGCUUGAUUUGAAGUUAUGACAUUGCAUCAUGUAUAUUGAAAACAUUUUUGUCAUCAAAAUGAAGAUAUACUUUAUUUAGUUCUGAAAUGUAAUGGUCAUCAUUGAAGCUUCUAAACAGAUUUUCUUUUUCACCUUCUGGGAAUGCAGAGAGUGAGUGGAAUGAUGUUAUUCCUCAGAUUUUAAAGAACAUUUGAGUCUUCGCCAGAGAGCCUUAGUCAGUGUGACUAUCUGCAUUUAAAAAGCUUUGCUACUGUAGUACUUCUUUCCCCACCCCCCUCCUCAUGUGGAUUCUGAAUUCUAUUUUGUAAUUAUGAGGCUUGAAGGUCAAAAUAAACAUGUUUGAAAAAGGGACUGUAUCCAAACGUAUCUUUUCAGUGCUACUAUGAUGCCACUUUUCUCCAACAUUGUUUAGAGGAACUAUUACUUAAGAGCAGGGAUAUUUGUUUUGCUGUACGGUAUUGUUUUUUUAUAUACACUCAUGAUCUGGUUAAAAGUCUACCCCUUUCUAUGCAUGUCCAAGCAAUUGUUUCGUAUUGUACACAGCGCUGAGUGACUGAAGGUAUAUUUUAUCAUAAUUAGUUAAUACGUCUGGAUGCAGUUUCUUUCUCAGUUGAACAACGUCCUAGUGAAUACUACAGAAAAGUAUUUGCAAUUAUGUUUGUAGAUAUUCUGCAUUAGCUGCCUUUAUUGUAUCUGCCUGUCCGUCAGGAAAAAAAGUAUAAAUAAAGUUAUGAUGGAAUUUUUA